GUUGUAGAUUUCUCGGUAGUCUACUGAGAAAAAAUGAGGCAGGUGACCUCUACGCCUUCUGGAGAGCCAGUACAUCGUCCUGCCUCUCUCCACACCCCUCACCACCACCACAUAUUCAUACCUGGAGAACUACAGCUCCCAAGAGCCUCCUCGGCACCGCCUCCCGAUGUGGCCCUGCCCCGUCCCCUCAUGCCCCGCCCUCCCGCUAGUUCCUCCCCUCCCUCCCAGUGUGUGUCAGUGACCCAAAGGCGGUUCGAGGCGGAGGGACCGUCGGGGGCGCCGCCGCCGCCUCCUCUCCAGCGCCAGCACCAGCAGCGGGAGCAGCAGCAGCGGCAGCGGCAGGAGCAGCGGCUGCAGCGGCCGUGUGGCGCCAUCGGAUCUGCCUGCAGCCCCGGGGAGCUCACCACAAAGCGGGCCCGCGCCCCUCUCCCGUCCGCGCUCCUCGGCGCUUGGCUCCGCGUUCCACUCGGCCUCGCGGGGCUCGGCGGCUGGCGGGAAGGCGGCGGGCUCCGCGGGUGCCUGCGAUCAACCGGUGCUCGCGCCGCCCCCGCGCCCGCCCCGGGUGUCCGCGCUCCGGCCCUCGCGGCGGGCCGAGCUGGCGUUCCGGCCACCAGCGGUCGUCCGGUGAGUGCGGCGCCGGGAACGGGGCGCGGGGGGCCGGCGGCGCGGAACUUCCUCCGAGCCUCUGCCGGUGGCGGCGCGGCGGUGCGCGCGCCCGCGGGGAGGCGGCGGGGGGCAGAGUUUGCGGCGCCGCAUCCCGCGCUGUGGGAGGAAGCGCCUUUGUGA